GUGAAUACUAAACCGAGGUGAAAACUUUUUUAGUAUUCGUUAUUAGUGCACUUGUUCUGACAUAAAUUUUUUAUUAAAUUGAGUAAAUGUCCUGUUCAAUAUGCAUAUCAAGCAGGUUAUUAUACAAGGCUUCAAAAGUUAUAGGGAACAAACUGUUGUUGAACCCUUUGAUAAACGUCAUAAUGUAGUUGUUGGUCGAAAUGGAUCUGGAAAAAGCAAUUUCUUUUCUGCUAUUGAGUUUGUGCUAAGUAAUGAUUUCUGUCAUCUAAGACCAGACCAAAGACAAGCCUAUUUGCAUGAGGGUGCUGGACCUAGGGUACUCUUAGCCCAUGUUGAAAUAGUUUUUGAUAAUUCGGAUAAUCGUGUACCGAUUGAGAAGGAUGAAAUUUCUCUAAGGCGCGUUAUAGGAUCAAAGAAAGAUCAAUUGUAUCUGAAUAAAAAAUUGGUUCCAAGAUCAGAAGUGAUGAAUUUAUUGGAAUCUGCAGGGUUUUCUAAUUCUAAUCCAUACUACAUUGUGAGACAGGGAAAGAUAAACCAAAUGGCUAUUGCACCAGAUGCAUAUAGAUUAAAAUUAUUACGAGAAGUAGCAGGAACUCGUGUGUAUGAUGAGAGGAGAGAGGAAUCAAUGGCAAUUUUGAAAGAUACGGAAGGGAAGAUUGAGAAAAUUGCUGAAUAUUUGAAAACAAUUGAUGAUCGCUUAAAAACACUAGAAGAUGAGAAAGAAGAACUAGUUGAAUAUCAAAAGUGGGACAAGACAAGAAGAGUAUUGGAAUUUAAAAUUCAUGAAACUGAGCUUAAUGAGACGAGAGCUAAAAUGGAGGAGCUUGAAAAAAGACAUCAAAACUCAGAUAAAGUUCAGAAAGAAUACAAUAAAAUGGUAUCAGAUGCACAAGAUAAAAUAAAAUCUAUAGUUAAAUCUUUGAAGGAUAUUAAGAAGGAAGUAGCAUCAUGCAAAGAAGAGCGAGAUGUGUUGUCAGCUGAACAGCAGCAAAUUCUUAGAGAAAAGACUAAAUUAGAUUUACAAAUUAGAGAUUUGCAAGAUGAAGUUCAAGGUGAUAACACAUCGAAGUUGAGAGCUGAAGCAGAGUUGAAACGUCUGACAACAACAAUAAUUGAAAAAGAGAAAGAACUUGAAGACCUAAAACCUCGGUAUGAUGAGAUGAAGAAAAAGGAGGAUGCUUGUACCAGGGAAUUGGCACUCAAAGAACAAAAGCGAAAAGAGUUGUAUGCCAAACAAGGACGUGGAACACAAUUUACUAGUAAAGAUGAUCGAGAUAGAUGGAUUCAAAAUGAGUUGAAGUCCCUUAACAAACAAAUAAAAGAUAAGAAGGAUCAUCAGAAUAAAUUGAAUGAAGAUUUGAAACGUGAUGCAGAGAAACAAGCCGAACUAGAGAACAGAAUUUUAGAACAAACUUCAGAAUGUGAAAGACAAAGAUCUAGUAUAGAUGAAAAGAAUAAAAUAUUCUAUGAACUGAAGAAACAGAAGGACACACAUCAGGCUAGUAGAAAUGAUCUCUGGCGUCAGGAAUCUACAUUAACUCAGUCAUUAUCAUCUCUCAAAGAAGAUUUGGCAAAAGCAGAUCAGAGUUUAAGAUCUAUGGCUGGAAAGCCUAUAUUAAAUGGACGUGAUAGUGUACGCAAGGUAUUAGAGACUUUUACUCAACGAGGUGGCGCUUCAGCAGAAAUAACUAAAGCUUAUUAUGGACCAGUCAUAGAAAAUUUUAGUUGUGAGAAGUCUAUUUAUACUGCUGUAGAAGUUACUGCAGGUAAUAGAUUGUUUCAUCAUAUUGUGGAAUCCGAUAAAAUUGGCACACAAAUUCUAAAAGAAAUGAACAAUCAAAAACUACCUGGAGAAGUCACUUUUAUGCCCUUAAAUCGACUACAAGUUAGGCCUCAAGAAUAUCCCAAUAACAAGGAUGCUUUGCCAAUGGUAUCUAAAUUGAAGUAUGAUCAAAAGUAUGAUAAAGCCAUAAGAUACAUUUUUGGUAAAACAUUGAUUUGUCGAAAUCUCGAGAAAGCCACUGAUUUAGCAAAGAGUACUGGUCUGGACUGUGUUACACUGGAUGGAGAUCAGGUAUCUUCAAAGGGUUCUUUGACCGGUGGGUAUUUUAAUACUUCAAGAUCACGCUUGGAAAUGCAAAGAGCAAGGAGUGAGUACAUGGAAUCUAUACGACAAACAGAAAAGGAUUUAAUGGAAAUAAGAGAAAAUCUAACAGCAACAGAAGCUAAAAUUAAUAGUAUUGUUCUUGAAAUGCAGAAGACAGAAACUAAACAGAGUAACUCUAAGGAUAUCUAUGAUAAAGUUACUACUGAGAUUCGUUUGAUGCGGGAGGAAUUAAAUAGUAUUCAGAGAUUCAGAAAUCCAAAGGAAAGAUCUCUUGCACAAUGCAAAGCUCAUUUAGAAGCUAUGCAAACCACAAAAGAUGGACUAGAAUCUGAGCUUCAUCAGGAAUUACUUGAACAAUUAUCUGUGCAAGAUCAAAGAGAGGUUGACACACUGAAUGAUGAUAUAAGACGUUUACAUCAAGAAAAUAAAGAAGCUUUCAGUAUGCGUAUGAAUUUGGAAGCAAAUAAGAAUAAAUUAGAAAAUCUCUUAACAAAUAAUUUAAUAAGGAGAAAAGAAGAAUUAGUUCAAGCGCUUCAAGAAAUAUCUGUAGAAGAUAGAAAGAGACAAUUGGCGAAUUGUGGAACAGAUCUUGCAGCUGCUGAAACCAGAAUAGAUAAAGUAAAUCAAGACUUACAAAGCAUGGAAUCCAAAUUACAAAAGGCUGUAAGAGCUCAAAAAUCUUUGCAAAAAGAAUUAGAUGAAUGGAAAGGAAAAGAACAUGAAGCUCAAGAAAAAAUUGAAGAAGAUUCAAAAAGCAUAGAAAAAUUAUCAUCAAAGUUAAACUUGAUGCAAGAAAAAAUUACAGAAUAUACUGAGAAAAUAUCACAGCUGGGAACAUUGCCAAAACCCGAGGCUUAUCAGAAAUUUAAUUCCAUGAGUCUUAAACAAUUGUUUAAAGAGCUGGAGAAAGCAAAUCAAAAUCUUAAAAAGUAUACUCAUGUAAAUAAAAAAGCUAUGGAUCAAUAUUUAAGUUUCUCAGAGCAAAAACAGAAGUUAAACAAAAGACAUGAAGAGCUGACAAUUGGAGGUGAGAAAAUUAAAGAGUUGAUGGAAACAUUAGAGCAGCAGGUAGAAGCAAUUCAGUUUACAUUCCGUCAAUUUUCAAAAUACUUUACAUCAGUUUUUAAAAAACUUGUUCCUACUGGUCAUGGAAGUUUGAUUAUGAAAACUACUCAAGAAGAAGCUGAUAAAGCAUUCCUAAGGCAUGUUGAUGCGUUUACUGGAGUUGCUAUUAGAGUAUCUUUCACCGAGGAAGAUGCUGAAAUGAAAGAAAUGAAUCAGCUCUCAGGAGGUCAAAAGUCUUUAGUUGCUUUAGGAUUAAUUUUUGCAAUCCAAAAAUGUGACCCAGCUCCAUUCUAUUUGUUUGAUGAAAUAGACCAAGCUUUGGAUGCUCAACACAGAAAAGCAGUUGCUGAUAUGAUACAUGAAUUAUCUGCAGAUGCUCAAUUCAUAACAACCACAUUCAGGCCAGAGUUAUUGGAACAUGCCAAUAAAUUUUAUGGUGUAAAAUGCAGGAACAAAGUAAGCCACUUAGAAUGUGUUACAAUGGAAGAAGCUCAAGACUUCGUAGAGGAUGACAGUACACACAUUAAUUCAGUCCCAUAUAAUAUCAAUUCAGCAGCGAUCAAAAUACUUGUAUAG